AUGAUCUUAACUCCUCUUCACUGCAAAGUCUUACAGCCAUAAUCUUGUGAAUUCAAAAUAGUAAAACAACCAUUCUUUAAGCCAAAAAAGAUUACCUCUUGUUAAUCUAAUCUUAAUUCUUGCGACUCUACAUCUACUUCUUCCUUUGAAAGUUAAAUAGAAAACCAAGAUAACUAAAUUAACACUUCUAUAAUUACAAUACAAACAUUUAAAGGAGUUAAUUCUUAAUUUAUAUUAAGUACCUGCUACAUGCAAAAUGAUGAGAAAUUUUCUUGCAACUACCUAUUCGAUAAGCAAGAUUAUUAAAAUUCUAAGUUGAUCCCCUUAGAGGUUAAAGCUUAAAAAGUAUUGAACACCGAUUUUUCUCAAGAAAUUGUAUAUCCUGUACCCAAAAAAAUGAUAAAAACAGAGAAUAAAAUAUAAUAAUCAAAGAAUGCAGCCAAGAAUAUUACAAAGGCUUUUAUAAGAUAUAUGAAAGAUAUCAAAGGAGAUGAUGAUAAAAACUACAAAGAACUAACCAAGUUUAUUAAAAAGCAUAAAUAUAAUAAUAAAAACUUAAAGACUAUUGCCCAGAAGCCAUCUUAUGCAUUGGAUUUCAAAAAUUUUUGUAAUGGACAAGCUCAAGAAUGGGUGGAUUCAUGCAACAUUUAAGACAAAGAGAUGCACUUAAGAAUAAUAAAUGCUUUUAAAAAUUAAGACUAUGAAAUGCUUAAAGAACAUAAGAAAAGAGUUAAAAAACGCUACUCUCUCUGA